UGGCGGGGGCGGGUUUUGAAGUGUUCUUUGCUGUUGCUGUUACUGUUGCUGCUUCUGCUGCCCCCAAAGUGGCUUUUUGUUGAUAUGUAAUCAGAAGCGCGUCGCUUUUCUGACGAAUUCAGUGGGCCAGUCAGUCAGUCAGUUUGUCGAGUCGAUUUGUGGAGCUUGCCAGCACGCUUUUUUGUUGUUAUUAUUAUUUUUUGUAUUUUUUUAUAUGUGAAGAAUUGUGUUAUUUGCUGUUAUUGGCAUUUAUUUUCUUUCUUCUUUUGUUGUAUUCUGCCAGUGUUUCUUUGGUUUUUGUUAUUCUGCAUUUGUGUGCGAAUGCGUGCACAUACAUACAUACAUAUGUACAUACGUGCAUAUAUACAAAUGUUUGUAUGCCUUAUGCGCUCUCUUUUUUAAUUCUGCCGCGCCACCGCCGUCGUCGUCGUCGUCACCACAGCUUGUCUGCCAGCAACAACAGUCAGAACCGCAGCCACCGUCAGAGUAGCACAUUUUGUUCUGCUUCUUUUCCCGUUUUGUUGUUCUGUUCUUCUGUUGUUUUGCUCUUCCAGUCGUUGUUGUCGCCGUGGCCAUCGUCUUACGGUUUCUUACUGGGAAAGGAAGCCAAUUGUGAUAUAAUUUGUUAAGUAUUUAUUUAUUAAUGUAUUUAAUGCACAAAAGCGGCAACUGCAGGCGCAUAUACACGAGUUAAGCGAUUCGGUUUUUACGUUUGUUGGCACUGGCUCCCACCCACGCGCGCGCUCUCACUCUCUCCCUUCUUAGCUGCCACUGUUACCGCCACCGCCGUCCCGCCGCCCCGCAGCCCGCUCUCUCACUACCAAGUCGUUUGUUUGUUCGCUCACGGAACGCCACGCUCUCUUAAUUCGAAGUGUCUGCUCAGCGCUCUGUUGUUGUUAUUCUUUUGACUGAGGCCGCCACAAUAGCCGCACUAGCGUCAGCUUCAGCCCCAGUCCCAGCCCCCAAUAACAGACACCACAACAAACAACGAAAUGGUAUACUCUACCAACAUAUUGCUGGGCAUUGUGACUAUACUAACCGCAGUAUUCAUUUGGUCACGUCGGACCUAUGUCUACUGGCAGCGAAGGCGCGUCAAGUUCGUGCAGCCUACCCAUAUAUUGGGAAAUCUGAAGAAGGUCCUUAAACUGGAGGAGUCAUUUGCCCUGCAACUGCGUCGUUUCUACUUCGACGACAGUUUUCGCAAUGAAGCCGUCGUGGGCAUUUAUUUGUUCCAUCAGCCGGCGCUGCUCAUUCGGGAUCUGGAAUUAGUGCGGACGGUGCUCGUCGAGGAUUUCGUGAGUUUCUCGAACCGCUUCGCCAAAUGCGAUUUGCGGCACGACAAAAUGGGAGCUCUCAAUUUGUUCUUUGCCAAGAAUCCGGAGUGGCGUGAGAUACGAACACGGCUCUCUCCGGCAUUUACGGGCGCCAAAAUCAAGCAAAUGUUCUCUCUCAUGGAGGAGAUUGGCUGUGAUCUGGAAUGGUACUUAAAGCGUCUUAUGCGUGACAUGCGUCGAGGGGAGGCAGGCACGGGGGUCGUUGUCCACAUUAAGGAUGUUUGCGACCUCUACAACACCGACAUGAUAGCUAGCAUUGCGUUCGGCCUCCGAUCAUAUAGUCUUCGAAACACGCAAUCGGAAAUUGGAUCGCAUUGUCAGGACAUAUUUAUGCCGAAUAUGCGGCGCAUAAUUGACUUCUUUGUGAUCUUUUUUCUGCCAAAAUUUGUGCCUCUGCUACGCUCUAAGCUAUUUACGGAGGCACACGCCGAGUUCCUGCGGCGCGUCAUUCUGCUUGUGAUUGAGGAACGCGAACGGUCCGGCGAUUUACGCAAUGAUCUCAUUGAAAUGCUGCUAACACUGAAGAAGGAGGCCGAUCUGCAACAGGAUAAGACCCAUUUCACACAUCAGCAGGACUUUCUGGCCGCCCAGGCGGCAUCCUUCGAGGUGGCAGGCAUUGAAACCUGUGCAGCAACGAUGUCCUUUGCUCUCUACGAGCUCGCGAAGCAGCCCCUGAUGCAGGCACGCCUUCGGCGAGAAAUACGACAGGCCUUCGCGGCGGCGGGCCCCAGCGAGGGUCUCUGCUACGAGCGCAUCAUGAACAUGCAGUAUUUGGACAUGGUUGUGGAUGAGACGUUGCGAAAGUAUCCGAUAGUGCCGUUACUCGAACGCGAAUGCACGCCCAUAAAUAAGAAACGCUUCUAUUCCCUGCGACCACAUGUGGAAUGCUAUGCCAGACGUGGCAUGCCAGUUUUUAUAUCCAAUCUGGCCAUACAUCAUGAUCCCAAGUACUGGCCGGACCCGGAACGUUUCGACCCCGAACGCUUCUCGGCCGAGAACAAGCUGCGGCAGACGCCCAUGUCGUAUCUGCCUUUCGGAGCCGGUCCACAUAAUUGCAUUGGCAUGCUCAUAGGCCAGCUGCAAAUCAAACUGGGACUCAUAUACUUUCUGCGUCAGCAUCGGGUGGAGUUCUGCGAGAAGACUGUCGAGCGCAUCACCUUCGAUUCGAAAUUUGCGCUGCUCUCUAGUGAGCAUAGCAUCUACUUGAAGGUCGUUGACUGCUUAUAGCCACAUAUACAUAUGUACAUAUGUAUAUACAUACGAGUAUGUAGUAUAUACUAUGCACUAUGCGUAUGCAUACAUAUGUACAUCGGUAUGUUUGUAUGUAUGCAUGUGUGCAUGUAUGUAUGUACAUCUAUGCACUCACUCAUGUCCAUAGGUCACCCACAGCAGCCACGCCCACGCCCAUGCCCAUUCACACGCAAACACACACACACACACUCCAACACAUUCACCGAGAGAGAACGCAGGGGGGAGAGAGAGAGAGAGGGGGAGCAAGAG